AUGUCAUCUUACGUGCAGGUUGGAUAUGGGGCUGCAGAGAAGCAGGUGUGGGAAGAUGGAGACCCCUUGCCAAAUGAGGGGGAUGACAACAAUCAGCUCAGGGAAGGCGAAGAAAAUCCCCCCAGAGAAGGAGAAGAAGAUAAUCAGCUCGGGGACGGAAAAGAUAAUCAGCUCAGUGACGGAGAAAAUAAUCAGCUCAGGGACGGAGAAGAUAUUCAGCUCAGGGAGGUAGGAGAAGAAAAUCCCCCCAGGGAAAGAGAAGAAGAUAAUCAGUUCAGGGAAGGAGGAGAAGAAAAUCCCCCCAGGGAAAGAGAAGAAGAAAAUCAGCUCAGGGAAGAAGGAGAAGAAAAUCCCCCUAGGGAAAGAGAAGAAGAUAUUGAGUCCAGGGAAGGAGGAGAAGAAAAUCCCCCCAGGGAAAGAGAAGAAGAAAAUCAGCUAAGGGAAGAAGGAGAAGAAAAUCGCCCCAAGGAAAGAGAAGAAGAUAAUCAGUUCAGGGAAGAAGGAGAAGAAAAUCCCCCCAGGGAAAGAGAAGAAGAAAAUCAGCUCAGGGAAGAAGGAGAAGAAAAUCCCUCCAGGGAAAGAGAAGAAGAUAAUCAGCUCAAAGAAGGAGAAGAUAAUCAGCUCAAGGAAGGAGAAGAUAAUCAGCUCAAGGAAGGAGUAGAUAAUCAGCUCAGGAAAGGAGGAGAAGAAAAUCCCCCCAGGGAAGGAGAAGAAGAUAAUGAGCUCAGGGAAGGAGAAGAAAAAAAUCCCCCCAGGGAAGGAGAAGAAGAUAAUCAGCUUAGGGAAGGACAAGAUAAUCAGCUCAGGGAAGGGGAAGAUAAUCAGCUCUGGGAAGGAGAAAAAGAUCAACAGCACAGGGAAGGAGGAGGAGAUAUUCAGCAGAGAGAAGAAGAUGAUCAUCAUUUGAAAAGAGAAAGAGAUGAACAGCACAGGGAAGGAGAAGAAGAAAAUCAGCAGAGGGAAGGAAAAGAUAAUCAGCAUGGGAAAGAAGAAGAAGAUAAACAGCAUGGGGAAGGAGGAAAAGAUAAUCCGCAUGGGGAAGAAGUAGAUAAUCAGCCAAGGGAAGGAGAAGAAAAUCAGGUGGUGACUGGUGACCCUCCUGUUAAGAAUAAGAGAAAGCGCAAUGUGAAGGUGCUAAGCGGAAACGAAAAUAGAUCCACUAGGCCGAAAAGGACCAAAAUUAACAAAUAAUUUUAUAACUGACAUAAGAGGUGUUUACCAUAAAUGUUUUUAUUUUUUAAUUUUUCCACCACCUAUUCUAGGUUUCUUUUGAUUAUUUUUUUUGUAAUGUCACAUUUUUUCUUCAGUAAACUCAAGAAACAUUACCCAAUAUGUUUUAUAAGAGUACAUGUAAUACUUAAAAUAAUAUUUGAAACAUGACUUUGUGAAACAAAAACAUUUAUGGUAUUCCCUUAUCAGACAACCAGUGAAAAUUGUAAAUAAUCAUGAAUGU